AUGUCUUUUCUUGUGUAUGCCGUUGAUGGUGCCGACCGACUGACACUCCUCGGACCUCCAACACCCGAGGGCCCAAAUCUUAAGCAAGUGGCAUUAAGUUACAUUCAAGCACCGAAGGUGGCGAAGCGGAACGCCACUGGUGAGUUCGGUUCUGAGGAUCCCUGUGCGUUUGAGGCGGUGGAGUUGAUUCGUAAUACAUUUAUUGGUAAGCCCGUAAAAUUUUCGGAGGACUAUGUAAUUGACGUAUUGCAAAGGCGAGCAGGGAGAUUAACACUUGUUGACGGGGAAGAUGCAUCAAUCCUACUGUUGCGCAAUGGCCUUGCCACCGUCCCUGAACGCAUUCCCCAACGCAUGGACAAGGAACUGUUUGCAAAGUACACCAAACUCAUGAGCGAAGCGAAGGCGGCGAAGAAGGGUAUUUUUGCCCCUUCUGCCUCAAGCCGCGUGCGCACGCUCACUGACUUGAGCCCAGAGGAGAAGAUAAAACUUGCAGAAAAACUAAAAGGAAAGGAGGCUCUGGUGCGCCUUGAGCAUGUGCUGCUUCCAACUGUCCUUGUUGUAUCAGGAGGGGAUUUUGGCGAUGCACAGGUUACUGUGCACAUGCCGGGCGUUACGGUGAAGGACCCCGACUGUGAAACUGUAUCUCGUGAAAGCCGAUACCACGUGGAACGAUUUUUACUGCACCGGAGAGUGAAAAUCCUCUUUGAGGGUGCCGAUGGUUACGGAAACAUUCUCGGUUCCGUCACUUCGUCAAAAGGUUGCUUCCAACAGGAACUGCUUUCUCGCGGGUUGGUGAAGCUUAACGGCAAUACGCUGGGGAGCACGAAGUUUGCCGCUGAUAUGGAAACUGCUGAGAAGGAGGCUCGUGAGAAGUGCGUAGGGAUGUGGAAAAAUCGUGGUGAAUCCGGUGCUAGAGUCCCUCUCAAAGUGGUUGGUGGGGCCGGUGUUUCUACCGCAGCUGCAACGGGAGGUAGCAGUGCUUUGCCAGUUUCCAACGCCGCCACUGCAGCUACGGUGGUAUAUAAAGGGCCCACACAAUUUACCGCCUCAAUCGUUCAGAUUAUCACCGGUGACACACUUGGUGUGCGACACGAGGAAAGCGGAGAACUGAUCCGUGUGUCACUUGCCGGCGUGCGUUCUAGCAAAAAUAUCACUCGAGAACAAGAUGGGCGAUCCCCCGAAACUCGUGUCACUUACGGUGAUUAUGAGUGGGAGGCCCGUGAGUUCCUGCGGGUGCAUUUUGCUGGCAAGCGGGUAACAGUAAAGGUUGAGUACUGCCGCCAAAUUGCUGAAACGGGAGAAGUUCGACCAGUGGCUCUGAUUACCGUUCUCGAAACAGGGGAGAAUGUGGGUUCGGCGUUGCUUGAGACUGGUUAUGUUAACUUCUUCCUCGGCAGAAAUGAUAUAUGUUCGGCGGCGGCAGAGUUACAAUGCGCCAGCGAAAGGGCGGAAGCAAAAGGUGUUGGUGUACAUGGUAAGGCCCCGGCCCCGGUAGUGAAGGUACUCGAGUUGGUUCACUUAGGGAGUGCGCGUGGAAAGUACUACCUGAGCUUUCUUCAGCGUGGGAUGCAAGGAAAUCGGCCACCGGUGCUGAAGGGCAUCGUCGAUGUUGUAAUUGGUGGCAGCUCCCUUCGCGUGUUUGUCCCGAGGGAACACUUUCAGAUACCGGUGAAGGUGGCUGGUAUAAUCACACCCAUGGGAGCAGCUGGUGGAUCAUCGGAAGGCGGUGAACCGUUCGCUGAGGAGUCCAAAAGAUUUGCCGUAGACAAACUUCAACACAUGGAGGUUGGCAUUCAGGUGCACGCAGCGGACAAGGUGGGGAACUUCAUUUCGUCAGUGACGCUCCCUGAUGGCACUAAUUUUGCUGUGGCUAUGGUGGAGAUGGGUUUUGCAACCGUUGCGAAUGCCGAUCGCCUCCCGCACAAUCAACAGCUUCUCGAGGCUGAGGCGAAAGCGAAGGCGGAGAAGAGAAACAUCUGGUCAAAUAACUCAUCCGUCCCCCAACGUGCCGCAAAGCUCGAAGCACAGAAAAUUCGGACAGGUCCCAUACGUUACACCUCAUCGAGUGGUCCCAAGGCCGAGUUCCAGCAGUACAUGCUUUCCGAGGUUGGUGAGAAUGGUUAUUCCGUUUACUUGCAGGAGGCAACUGAGGAUGUUGAGAAGAAAUUGUUCACGAUGCAGGACCUUCUCGGGCAGAUUUCUUCCAGUAGCACGGAAUACAAGCCAAAGAAGGGUGAGCUCGUGGCUGCACUGUACAAGACAGACAAAACAUGGAAUAGGGCCAAGGUGGUCCAAGUCAGCAAGAAGGACCCAACUGUCACGGUUUGUUUCGUUGAUUUCGGAACAAAGUCAGAGAUUCGUUUGAAGGAUGUUCGUGCGAUACCGCGUGGACCAGAGUUUGCCAUCGCGCGCGAUUCAGCCCCACUUGCUCGCCUUGUGAGACUCGCGUUCCUGAAGUCAAAGAUUCAUACUGAAGCAUACAUUGACUACGCUUGUGACAUCGCUUACGAGUACACGGAUGGACCUGUUGUUGCUAAGGAGGUUUAUCAGGACCCUGAGGGUAAUGUUUACUGCAUUGUAAGUACAAGUGAGAAUUCGAAUUCCCUCAAUGAGGUGCUGCUUCAGCGGGGUGCUGCGGUGCUCGAUCGGGCUGCGGAAAGUGUUGAUCCUGAAGGGCAUAAGCGCCACGUUACUGCGCAGAAUGUUGCAAGGAAAGGCCACAAGGGGAUGUGGCAAUAUGGUGAUAUUGAUAACGAAAGCGACGAGGAUAACUGA